AUGUCUUUUUUCAAGAAGUUGACCUCUGAAUUCGAGGGCCUGACUACCAAGGACAAGGAUCGUGCAGUUGAUCAAAGCCAGCAAUAUCCUGGCCAAGGCUACCCUCCUCAGGGCCAGUACGGUGGCAGCCAGUACCCUCCUCCCUCCCACAGCCCCUAUGGUGGACAGCAACAGCCCUACGGCCAGCCACAGUACGGACAGCCGCCUCAGGGUUACGGACAGCAGCCUCCAUAUCAGCCACCACCCCAGCAGUACGGUAGCCCAUCUCCUUAUGGCGAGCGUCCUCCUGCGCCUCCUGCAACCAGCAGCUACUCUUCCGACCGCCCCCCGGUGCCCCUCCAGUGGAUUCCAGUCUACUCUGAACAGCACCAGCGGUGGUACUUUGCCGAGACGAGCGGCCGCUCCGUGUGGGAUGCUCCCAUCUAUAUUCCUCCCCAGCCCGCAUAUGGCGACCAUUCCGGUUCCCGCAGCGUAGACCCUGGCUACGGUGGCCAGCCCGGUGGCUAUGGCGCUCCUCCCCCUCAGGGAUACACCUCUCCUCCUCCCCAAGGCUACGGCGCUCCCCCCGGUGCUCCCUAUGGCUCGGAAUAUCACGGCCAGGAGGGCUACUCUGAGCAGCAGAAGAAGGAGAAGGACAACAGCACAAGGAACAUGAUGCUCGGUGCUGCGGGUGGUCUGGCCGUCGGAGCCAUUGGUGGCGCGCUGAUUGCAGACGCGCUUGAUGAUAGCGAUGACGAGCACCGCGCUGCCGCACCUCCAGCGCAGAGCUACGACCAGGGCGGCUACGGAGACCAGCCCCCUGCAGUCCUGCCCCCUACUGACGCCGAUGGAGACAGUGUCUCCUCCAGCGACCGCGAGGACGUGCAGGAAGCCCGUGCCGAGUACGAGGACAAGCUCGCCGAAGCCCACGAGUCUGGAGACCACAGCGACUGGGAGGAGGCACAGGAAGCCCGGGAGGAGUACGAGGAGGAGUACGAGGAGACUUACGAGGACUAA